ACCAGAGUGUAAAACAGUAUAAAUUGAGAUACAUCGACCUUAAUCUAUCAAAUAAAGUUCGGAAGAUCAGUAAAACUACUUUGAACUAAAAUGAAGUUAUUCAUUAUAUUCGCAAUUGUUUCUUUGGCUCUGCGUACCUCAGAAUCGUCUGGCAAUAGUAAACGUGCAAGCUCAAGUAAGACGUCAAUAUCACUUUCUCUAAGCUUUUUGCCAACGUCCACCUUGAGUGGAAAGAUUGAUGAGAUCACAGCGGAUUUGAACAUUGAAAAUCUUCGACAAGCUGCGGACGAAUAUAAAGGCGCUACAUGGAUGAAAAAAUGCUGUGGGGAACAAAUCGAACACUAUUCAAGUUUUUUCAAAAAAGUUGCUAAAUCGCCACCGAACUAUUCUCAAACCGGUUUUUCAUUCUUAAACCCCAUUCUUGGAAAAGUAAAUGAAAUGAUUGAUGAAUUCAACAAUAAUUUCGUCCAAGUCCUUCUUCCUGAACUUAUUGUAGAGGAACUUGAAAAAUUUGCAGAUACGAUAAAUGGAUUCUACAGAAAUAAAGAUAUUUCGGAAGCAGCAAAAGAUUGUAUACAGAGAGUUUGCAUCGAUAUUCACACGACAAUUUGCAAGUUGAAAGGUGCACAUGGUCCACAUCAACCGAUUGUUUAUCGUCAAUUGGGCUAUGCUCAGCAAUAAAGCUCAGCAAUAAAUUUAUUGAGAAAUUGGGUUUUUGUUGUUAUAUUCUUCAUUUCUUUUGAGAUGCAUAUUAAUUAUCAAUUGAAAGAUUUCUAUCAAGAUGUAUAUGACAAGUAAUAAUAAAGAACGAAUAACCGGGAAUUGCGUUGGCAUAUUUAUAUGAAAA